GCUGCCCCUACCCAGCCCCCUGCGCCCCCCGCCAGCAUGAAGAAGUACGAAGAGCCUCUGCAGUCCAUGAUCUCCCAGACCCAGAGCCUUGGUGGGCCCAGCCUGGAGCACGAGGUGCCCCACCACCCAGGUGCUGACAUGGGACAGCAGAUGAACAUGAUGAUGCAGCGGCUGAACCAGGACAGCCUGACACCAGAGCAAGUGGCCUGGAGGAAGUUGCAGGAAGAGUACUAUGAGGAAAAGCGACGGAAAGAGGAGCAGAUCAGCAUCCAUGGCCGGCCCAUGCAGGAGAUCAUGAUCCCGCAGUCGAUGGGGAGCAUGAUGAUGCGCGGGCCCCCACCACCCUAUCACAGCAAACCUGGAGAGCAGUGGCCACCGGGGAUGGGCAACCAGCUGCGGGGACCCAUAGAUGUGCAGGACCCUAUGCAACUGCGGGGAGGGCCACCCUUCCCAGGGCCACGGUUCCCUGGGAAUCAAAUGCAGAGAGUCUCUGGCUUUGGAGGGAUGCAGAACAUGCCCUUGGAUGCUCUCGGGCCCAUGAAUGCCAUGCAGAGGCCAGUCAGGCCCGGCAUGGGAUGGAGCGAUGAUAUGCCUCCUAUGGGAGGCCCCGGGAACUUUCCACAAGGCACCCUGCCCUACCCAUCAGGGCAAGGGGACCCCGAAAGGUUCAUGAAUCCCCGUGCCAGGGAGGAGAUCCUGCGGCAUCAGCUGAUGGAGAAACGCCCGGUGGCAAUGCAGAGGCCUAUGGGGAUGUCCGGCAACUCCAUGAGCAGCCAAGGCAUGGAAAUGGAGAGGAUGAUGCAGGCUCACAGGCAGAUGGAUCCAUCCAUGUUUGCUGGGCAGAUAACAGGGGAGGGCCUGGGCAGUGGCCCAAUAGGAAUGGAUUUUGCAGGUGCUCGGGGGAUGCUGAGCCCCCCUAUGAAUCAGUCUGGCCUUCGGGACAUGGAUGCACCCAUGGGCCCUGGCAACCUCAACAUGAACAUGAAUGUCAACAUGAACAUGAACAUGAACCUUAACGUCCAGAUGACGCCGCAGCAGCAGAUGAUGAUGUCGCAGAAGAUGAGGGGGCCCGAUAUGAUGGCCCACCAGGGCAUGAGCCCUGAGGAGCUGGCCAGGGUGAGGGCUCAGAAUGGCAACGGCAGUGCAAUGCUGGGAGGGCCCCAGAAAAUGAUGAUGCCCUCCCAGUUCCCCAGCCAAGGGCAGCAAGGCUUCUCGAGCGGGCAGGGGCCUUACCCCAACAUGCCGCAGGAGAUGGGCAGCGGCUCAGACAUGUUCAGCCCUGAGCAGGGCACCAUGCCCGUUGGCAGCAUCAGUGGUACCACCAGGCUCAGCCAUAUCCCUCUGCCACCAGCCUCUAAUCCGGCUCCCACGCAGGGGGGAAACCUGGCCAACAUGCACCCAGCACCUUCCCGGGGACUGGGCCGCCGGCCUUCUGACCUCACCAUCAACAUCAGUCAGAUGAACUCCCCCAGCAUGGGUCACCUCAAGUCUCCCACCCUCAGCCAGGUGCACUCGCCACUGGUCACCUCCCCCUCUGCCAACCUCAAGUCCCCACAAACGCCCUCACAGAUGGUCAGCAUGCCACCUUCAAAUCAGUCUGGACCCCUCAAGUCCCCCCAGGUGAUAAGCUCCUCGCUGAAUGUCCGGUCUCCAACUGGCUCGCCAAGCCGCCUGAAGUCCCCUUCUAUGGCUGUUCCUUCCCCUGGUUGGGUGCCGUCUCCCAAAGCCACCAUGCCCAGCCCAGGAGUCAACCAGAGCAAGCAGACUCUCAGCAUGAACUCAUCUACUGCCAUGGGAGGACUGGAUCAGGGUUCUCUCCCUUCUGGGCCUCGGAGCAGCUCUUCCGCACCUGGCAGUAACACCUCUAGCACCAUGAAUCCCAACAUGCCUUUUACUUCCUCUCCAGAUCCAUCCCCCUCCCAGAACCCCCUCUCGCUGAUGAUGUCCCAGAUGUCCAAGUACGCCAUGCCCAGUUCCACACCACUUUACCACAAUGCCAUCAAAACCAUUGCCACCUCUGAUGACGAGCUGCUGCCGGACAGGCCUAUGCUCCCGCCUGGAAGCAUGUCAGGUGUGACGGGCAAUCAGCCAAAUCAACUGCAUUUGAACUCGGUGGGGCCUGGAUCCUCUCAGAGCCCCAUGGGAAUGAACCUGCCUGGGCAGCAACCUCUCUCCCACGAACCACCCCCCACCUCCAUGAUGUCCUCCCCAAACCCACUGGGCUCCAACAUUCCUAUGCACCCGAGUGCACCAGGGGCAGGCGUGCCCCCCCAGAACCCUAUGAUGCUGCCCCCAGGCCCCCAGGACUCCUUGAACCAGCAGUGCGGCCCCGUGCCCAAUAGUUCGCAGAUGAUUCCUUCCAACCAGCUCGUGUUUCCCCGCAUGCAGCAGUCACACAAUGCCAUGCCGUCUCCCGCCGGAGGCAUGCCCAUGGGCCCUGGCGGAGGAGGCGGCCCUGGGAUGCAGCAGCAUUACCCGCCAGGGAUGCCCUUGCCACCUGAGGACCUUCCCUCCCAGCAGCCCGGCCAGAUGCCCCCUCAGCAGCACAUGAUGGGCAAGAACAUCCCGCCUCGGAUCAGCGAGCCCUACCCACCCGUUCUUCCUGGGGUAGCAUCGGUGCUGAACGACCCUGAGCUCAGCGAGGUCAUCCGCCCCACGCCCACGGGUAUCCCCGAGUUCGACCUGUCCAGGAUCAUCCCGUCAGAGAAGCCAAGCAGCACCUUGCAGUAUUUCCCCAAGAGCGACAGCCAAGCGCCCAAAUCGCAGCCUUCCAACCUCCACCUCAUGAACCUGCAGAACAUGAUGGCUGACCAGCCCCCGGUGCGGCCAGGUAUGAACGCCCCCAGCCUGCCCGGGCAGCAGGGCAUGCAGAGGGGACUCGGCAUGCCCAUGUGCCAUCCCGGACAAGUGCCCAUGCUGGGCAGGACAGGCAUACCGGCCCAGCAAGGCAUGAUGGGCAACAGCAUGCACCAGGGCAUGAUGUCUCCACAGCAGAGCCUGAUGGCCCAGCAGAAUUUCAUGCUGAUGCAGGCCAAGCAGAGGAGCAUGUCUGUGUCGGGGGAGAUGUAUGCCCAGACAGGACACAUGAUGUCACCUCAGGGCUCUCUCAUGGGGCCCCCGCCUCAGCAGAACCUCAUGGUCACGCACCAGAUGAGGCAGAGGAGUGUCUCCCUGGACAGCCAGAUCCCUGGGCCUGGGAACAUGGCGACCCUGCCUUUCUGA